CUUUUAUAUUUUUUGCCUUACUUUUUCGAUAUUUUGCCGCCUCCGCCAUUAAAAUGCUUUUAAACUUUAUACUCAGCUAGCCUAAAACUACUCUCUCAGCUUCUUACUACUGCCCCAAGCCACCAACCACACUUAAAAGUUUCAAAUUUGCUUUACCAAAAAACCAACUCUUUUAAGCACAAACCAAGCCAAAAACAAUUACAGGAUGUCCAAGUAUGAAGAAAGCGCCAAACCUUCAGAGCCUUUCCUUCUCUCUCUUCUUCACCAAUUACAGGACCUAAGGAGAUCCAUCCUAGCUUUUCUCCUCUCCUUGCCCACCUCUCUUUUUGCUCUCUUUCUUCUUCUUCUCUUGGCCUACAAUGGCUUCUCUGUUUUCUACAUUCACCUCCCUUUUCCGGCCAAGUCCCCUCCCGUACCCGCCAAUUUCUUGCCAGAAAAUACCGCCGGAGAAUUAAUGAAAAAUGGGUUUUCUUCUUCCUCAAAGGUUACUUCUUUAGUGAUGUAUGCAAUGAAAGAAGAAGACCCAGCUGUGAUUUUGAAGACCCAUUUGCCUCUUUUGCGCAAAACACACUCUUCAAUCACACCCAUUACUGAAUCUUCAGUUUCAAAGCAGAGAGGGGUCCGGAAGUACAAGCGCAAGCUCAAGAGUGUGCCUUCCAAAGCUCGGUCAAGUUCUUUCCCAGCAAUGAUUGCUGAAUUCUUCGCUGGAAAUUCUACUAUUUCUUGUAAGUUUCGGUUCUUUAUGACCUGGAUUUCGUCAAAGUCAUUUGGUGAUAGAGAAUUGUUAGCUAUGGAGAGCUUGUUUAAGUCUCACCCAAAUGCUUGUUUGGUGAUAGUCUCAAGUUCAAUGAAUUCAAAAACAGGAAGUCAAUUUUUAAAACCUCUUUUAGAUAAGGGGUUUCGUGUAAUGGCUAUUGAUCCUGAUUUUGAUUAUGUAUUCAAGAAUACUUACGCGGAGGCUUGGUUUGAUAGGUUAAGGAAAGGGAAUGUGAAUCCUGGGGAGGUUUCUCUGGGUCAAAACCUCUCUAAUUUGCUUAGGCUUGGUUUAUUGUAUAAAUUUGGGGGUAUUUAUGUGGACACGGAUGUUAUAGUGUUAAAGAGUUUCUCAAAGUUGAGAAAUGUGAUCGGCGCGCAGACUAUUAAUCUUGACACUGGGAAUUGGAGUCGAUUGAACAAUGCUGUGUUGAUUUUUGACAAGAAUCAUCCUCUACUCUACAAGUUUAUUCAAGAAUUUGCACUAACAUUUGAUGGGAACAAGUGGGGACACAAUGGCCCUUACUUAGUCUCAAGGGUUGUGUCCAGGUUGAGUGGAAGGCCUGGAUUUAAUUUCACCGUAUUGCCACCGUCGGCAUUUUAUCCAGUUGAUUGGAGUAAGAUUCGAAGUCUCUUUCGGGCGCCUAGAGACAAGCUCCAUUCAAAAUGGUUGCUUAAAAAGCUAAGGCAUAUUCAGUCUCAAAGUUUUGCAGUGCACUUGUGGAAUAGGCAGAGUAAAAUGCUAGAGGUUGAAAAGGGAAGCAUCAUCAAUCAGAUAAUGUUGGAUUGUUGUAUCUUCUGCAAUGCUUCAAUAUCAAGGUUGUAAUUAUUGAAUAAGUUCGACAGUUGCGAAGUGCUAUGCAUUAUGCAAUGGUUCGAUGUUUUUGUAUGUGGUUAUGGACCAACUCAGUUCAUUCCACAAUCGAUCAAAGUCCUGAUAGAUAGAAUGUUAGGAAAUCAUUAGCCUUUUCCUGUUCUGAAAUCAUCUCUUAAUCAUAGUUGACAACUUUUUAGGUUUUGCCCUUUAAUUUGCCGUACUUGUAAGUUGUAUCUUGUAAACAAGGUCUAAAGAGUAGACUCUUAACAUGCAAAGGAAUAUAAUUUUUACAUUCCAUAUUUA